AUGCGACCUCGCCAUGUGAUGCUUCAGCUCUGUGGUCACACUCACGCCGUCGCCGUCACCGUCACCCUCAUUCGGUCGCAAGUGAGACGUGCAGCCUUGACAUGUUGGAUCCCACGCAGAUCAGUGGGCUCAGCGUCGCAAGCCUACCCUUGGAAGCGGAAGCAUAACCAUGAGACGAUUGAGCUGCCCGUCGGGGUGAGCGGCCGAGUCAGGCUUGAUGUCUUCUCUCCUUAUUCCCCUUCUCCCUCUCACGCUCAUGCGCCCGCGACGCAGCCACACGAGUCGCGGAACCUGGUGGUCUAUCUACCUCGCGGACCGUGGAUUUCCAACAAAAGUACCCCUGCCACCACCCCGCUACAGUCCCAAGAGACAGACACAGACACAGACACAGGCACAGGCAUAGACACAGGCGCAGACAUAGACGCAGACACAAAGGCACAGGCAUAUCUACGGGCUGCCCUCCCUCCCGCGACUUGGUUCGUCACAAUCAACUACCGUCUAGGAGGACUAGGACCAGAGCAGGAUUCUAGCCAAGGCCAAGGCGAAGUCCGACGGUUCCCCAUCCCCAUCCACGACGUGUCGACCGCGUUCCAGUUUCUGACCUCGUCGACAUCGCCGUUCAACCAUGGCCACGACUCCCCGCCCAAGAUCUGCCUCGUGGGAAGCCACAUUGGCGGUGCGCUGGCGACCAUGCUGGCCCUGACGGAGCCAAACAACGUCCAUGCCCUCGCCGCACUCGAGCCGAUGGUGGAUUGGGUCGGACUGGAUGAGGUGGUGGAACAACUGCUCGUCGCCGAGGCCCGAAAGAGGCACACACCGAAAACGGCGGCGCGGUACGGAGUCGACAACGGCUCAGUGCUUGCGGCGGCCGAGGAGUUGAUCAGGUUGCGCGCCAAGCUGUUCGAGACCCCCUCGUCGUAUUUCGAUCCCUUUGCCAGCCCGAUGUUGUUCCUACGAGCUCCGGGCCGGGAUACACCACUGGGCAACACGGUCGGUGACCGACUGGUGGCGGCGAUGGGGCUGGACCACAGCGACGGGGGUGAAUGGGACCACGACGAGGACGCUGGGAUUCUGCCUAGGGGUAGCACCACGCAAGCUCCCACUUCAUUAACUCCCGCUGCCACCGACGACCAGACUGCUGGGGCUGGUCUGGUUCCGGACGACUCAGCAGCUUCUUCGACCGUCUCCAAGCCAACUCCACGGAGACGAAAAGUCCUCCAUCGCUGGCCGGCAGUCGGCAACCCGGAUUCGGUGCUCCUCCCACACGUCAAGGUCUUUGUGCAAGGCCAAGGCCAGCGACGUGGUGCUACUGUUACUACUGGUUCUGACGGCAAAGCACAGCCAGUGGAUGUCGGCCUAGGUCUAGCGGCGCUGAUGCGUACACAAGGCAUCGAACUCGCAGAGCUUAUGCGCAGGGCAUGUUUCUUCGGCCGAGAGAGAGGCUUCGCCGAGGAGAGGGUUCUCCUGCAUGAGCAGGGCGGUCCUCUUGAUCUCGAGCAUGAACAUGAGCGUGAGAGUGGGCGUGGGCGUGAGCAUGAGCAUGAGCGUGAGAGUGAGCAUGAGAGUGAGAGUGGUGAUCAUGAAAAGCAAAGACCAAGUUCCUUGGAGCCGCGAACUUCGACCCGAGCAGCGGCAGAUCCGCCUGCACCUUUACCGUCGGCCGCCGUCCAGUGGAUCCAGAACGUAUUUCAACAAGACUGA